AUGAGUUCGCAUACGAAAGGGAAAAACGAACUGACUGAGAUGUUUCUUGAGAAGAUGAAUAUUCUUAAUCGCCGUUUCUUGGAUGUAAUUGAAGAUGCUGUGAGACGAUUGCCUUGUUGCGAUUUGGCGCCUUCUGUUGUCCCGAAUAUUAUUGAUAUUCGCUCAUCGAGCCAUACUUUGGUAAUCGCGAAUUGCGAAUCGCCAACAGAAAAAAAAUCUUUAUUACACAUAAACUUAAGGCCAAAAAAAUUAUUGGAGAAAAUGUCACCGACUAUUAAAGAUUAUCUGAAAUAUGUCGAGCAGUUGGACCAAAUUUAUGGUUCUAAAAAUAUUGAGAUGGAUGAAAAAAUAGAAAAAAAAAGUGAAAAUAUUGAAAUGAUUGAGAUGGAAGAAGAAAUAUUUUCUCACAAGAAAGAUGAAUUAAAGAAAAUUGGAGAAUUGAAGAAGACUGAACAUGUUGAUGUACCGUUUCCUGAUUUGCCGACUGAGAAGCCAAAAUCUUAUGUCCCAGCCCAAAAAAAAUUUGGUCUAGAUUUCUUCGCUGACUUAAACAAACCCCAGAAAUUGGCGUUAUUCAGGUCUGAUUUGUCAAAAAACAUGGAUGAAGAGAGCACCAGUCAAGUGACUCAAGUUUUGUCCUCUACGUUUGGUAAUGGACAGGCCAGUACUUAUAUUUCAGAUAAAGUGUCGCAGAUAUCAGCUUUACCGCAAAUAUCAACAGCAUCACUGGUUGCAACAGCUCCACCACUUCCAGCAUUAACACAAAUAGCAACAGCACCACAGAUAUCGAUGCCAGAAAUCUGGACAACUUCGCAGAUAUCAAUACCACAGCAGACAACAAUGCUGCAGCAAAUAUCCGCAGGGCAAUCGAUAUUUACUGGAUCAACAACUGAAAGACAAGCCAUUGAGGAUGCAGAAUACCAGCCUCCAAAGCCCGAAGACGUUGCGUUUGAAGAACCUGAUGCUGUUUUUUCAACCAAAUGUUCCUGCUUUAUGUUAAAGGAUGAUGUAUAUAAAAAAUUUGGCGUUGGUUAUAUGUUUAUCAAAAAACGCGUUGACAAACGAAUUCUUCUUGUUCGUAUGGCAACAUCGACGGGCAAUAUAUUGCUCAAUGCAUUGAUUGAUUCCAGUAUGAAAUGUUCAAGAUUAGCAGAAAACAAGUUGCGCAUUACUUGUGUCAGCGACAAUGCUUUAGGAACAUAUUUGUUUCGUUUUGUUGAUAACGCGAGCAGUAAAUUCGUUGAAGAUGAAAUCUCACGAACUUGUUGA